AGAAUGCACUGUAGCAUACACAUGGUGCGCUGCAGCUUUUUUGACACACUCGCGGGAAUUUAAUAUAAUCAAAACGUUUGCUACUACAUUUGAAACAACCUACUAUGUCACGAAAACUACAAUAAGUCAACACGUGUGUUUCAUUCAACUAGAUAGUUAUGGCUGAAUGUCCAGCAAGUAUUGUUUUGCGAUGUGAAGGAGUCGAGAAUAAAGGGUCUGUGGCUACUGACAACUCGGCACUGGUAAAGGCCUAUGACGAAGCCCUUCAAACAUUUCGGAGCUCAAACAUUGAAAAAGAGAGUGGUGAGAAGCUUUGCGACAAUCUACAGAAACUGUCUGAGUCCGAAUCGUGUGUGCCAAGUCUGGAACCAGUUGACCUAAGGGCAAACUCAAAGAGCUGUAAUGAUGAAAAAGAGAGUGAUGAGAGGGUUGGAGACAACCCACCGAAACUGAUGGAAUCAAAACUGAUAGGCUAUAUGGAAGAAUACGAUUUGUGGGAUGUGAGCGAUGAAAAUGAGAGCGAUGAGAAGCUUGCAGACAAUUCACAGAAACUCUCUGAAUCUUGUGUGCCAAGUAAGGGACCGUUUGACCCAAAGGCAAACUUAAAGUGGGAGGUAGGUUCCCACUGCAAGGCUGUGUGGUCACAGGAUGGGCUGGUUUAUCCUGCCAGCCUGGUCUGGUUGGAUGGGGAGUGCUGCAAGGUGAAGUUUGACAACUACGGAAACGAGGAAGAGAUGAAGCUGAGUGCCCUGCUACCUGAAGCUGCUGACCAGCCCUGGAAGGAAAAACGGGUGUGGAUGCUGGGUUCCCGGUGCCGUGCCGUGUACUCCGAGGAUGGCCUGGUCUACCCAGCGGUGCUGGUGUGGAUGAGAGGCGAACGCUGCCGGGUGAAGUUUGAAGGCUACGGGAAUGAGGAGGAGCUGGAGCUGAGCACCCUGCUAUCUCCAGAUGACCUGGGAGGACACAGUGGAAGAGCUGCUGCCAAGGCUGUCGAAGGGUUCAGGUCCACUAGUAACAACAGCGCAGAUUGGAAGAAGAAGGAUAGAGAGUGGAGGACACCUCAACAAGAGGGACGAGAGGAGCCUUCCUCACCUCAGCCACCUGAGUUUCCUCCAGGAAAAGACUAUAGCAAAAGCAGCUAUAACCUUGGCAAUGAGCAGGGGGAUAAAAAGAAGCCAAGUAGUCGGAGACAGGAACCAAAUAAUCACCCCUUUCCUUUUUUUCCUCCAGUGCCACCGCCCAAAGGCUGUUUGGACUUCCUGUCACUCCUGCCUCCUCCUCCACCUCCACCGUGUGUAUGGCCCCCCCGAGCAGGGCUGGUGGGCGCUGGCGAUGGGCUAGACUCGGCCGUGACAGACUUAUCCAGCAUGCUGCUCUCCUGGUACCUGUGUGGCUACCACACUGGCUGCUACAUGGCAAUGCAGCAGACAACGACAAGUCGCAAGAGGGCUCAUGAAGAGAAACGGGCCGAGGAAUAAGGUUGGUUUAAGACCCUAGAAUGGGGAAGAAGACGAAACAGCUGUCCUGUAGAAACAGGACAAGAGUUCCAAAGACUGAAUGUUCUUG